UUGAUACAGAGAUGUGCACGCUGUUGCCAUCAAACACGCGACUGACGUUGCUUCCGCUCAACCGCUGAGUCACAAACUCGUUGGAAAAGCAGUUGGCAACAGCAGAAUGCUGAAACUAAUUGCGUUUUACUUUCUCUUCGUGGGUAUUGUUCAGGCGCACAGGCAUCGUGGCGGAGGGGGCAGAGGGAGAUAUCGAAACGAUCCACUCGUGUGCAAUAAACAUUACCUCAUGAAUGCAGCACUUUGCGUCACUGUGCCAGAAUUAUUCAGCGCAGAUUUGUUUGACCAGUGCAAUAACGAGCUUGUUGCCAGUGCUUCAACCGCGACGCAAAGGCUUUCUCGGCGCCGAGGCCGAAGUGCGCACAGGGGCGGGAGGAAUGGCAGAUUUGGAAAAUGGUCCCGAAACUGGAAUGGCAGAAGCCGAUGCCAUGACCGCUAUUGUGCUGGUCAAUGUGUCAUGAACAAGACAAAUAACCUCCUAAGCAACGGCUCGGUCGAUAUAAAUGCGCUUUUGACUAACUUCGAAAACAAAACAACUGACGCCUGGAAACAAAUUGUUUCGCAAGCCAUCAAUGAUUGCUGGAAAAACAUCAGCUCCAAAUUGACUACACUAGACGCCCAACCUGGCCCAAAAGGCGUUAGCAAAUGCAGUAAAGGAUCUAUGCUCACGAUCAUUUGCAUUCAGAGAUAUCUAUUUUUGAACACACCUGAGGACCAAAAAGUCAACUUGGUUCCUAGCGGUCAGGACAAUUGCACAGUCCGGGAUAAUCAGCUGUCCAAUUGUGAUCCAUUAUACCUGCCUACACAGAGCGGUGGACGCGGUGGAGGGCGAGGUUGGAACACGCAGCAGGGGAUAAAUAAUGGUGGCAACUUUAAUGAAUUUGCUGAUGAAGGAAACCCGGCAGAUGUAGACAUUAUUGACAUGUAACAGAGCUGUGUGUAUUUUCUGUUUGCGUUUGAAUUUUUAUCGUGUGUAAAAAAUGUGGAGUUUAUGGACGUGCAAUUUUUAUGCCUAAAAAAAUGUUAUGCAUGGGAAUGAAUUCACAAUUUCCCAGGUUAAUUGACGUUUAAAUUUUUGAGAACAGCAGCUCCAAAGUUAGCAUGCUGAUCAAUCAGUGAGCACUCUGUCUCCCUAUUAUAAAAUCACGGUUUAUUUCACGAUUAGAGAAUAAUUGUUCCUCGAAAUUCGCACGCCGUCGGAUAGAUUGCGACGAGAGGAAAUCGGAAAAGGAGCAAAAAAUAUGGAAAACUCGUUAAAUGGAUCAUUAAAUUUGGUAAAACCUUAUUUUUUCUUGGUCCUCUGAUUUGAUUCUAUAUGUAGCAAUUUUAUCAACUGCUAAUAAAUAAAAGGUCUAUUUUUACUGCU